CUCCCAACGCACAAGUACAUCCACCUUAUCCCUUCCCAUCUCCUUAUCUUAUCAUAGCCUAGCCUAGCUAGCCAUGGCACUCAAAUCUGCCCUCUUUCUCUUAGCCACUUUGCUUGUAUUCGUCACAGUUAACGCCAGCCAUGGCAACUGCCCAACACCAUUGCCACCUCCCCCACCUUGCCCACCUGGUUCUGUCCCUAGCCCCCCAUCAGGCGGUGGAAAGUGCCCCAUUGAUACCCUGAAGCUAGGCGUUUGCGCUAACGUGUUGGAUGGGCUCAUCAACAUUGGCCUCGGCAAGCCACCGAAGAAGCCCUGCUGUAGCCUACUGAAAGGACUCGUAGACCUUGAAGCUGCAGUGUGCCUUUGCACUGCUCUUAGAGCAAAUAUCCUCGGAAUUCACCUCUCUCUACCUAUUGAUCUUAGCCUUCUCAUCAACUUCUGUGGCAAGAGAGUUCCUAAGGGGUUUCAGUGCCCUUGAUCAGUUCCAAUCUGCUUGCUUUCUUGCGAUGCUGAUGGAUUAUUGUUGUUUCUUUUCCAUCUUAUUUAGGGUUUAGGGUUCGUGGCUUUGUGUUGAUUGAUAUUGGUGUGUAUUUGUGCUGUUAUUGCUUGCUUGGAAUAGUGUCCAGUUGUUCUUUAGCAGUUCUCUUUCUUUUUAUAUGUGAUUUGGAGCUAAUGAGAUUAAUUGUUCAAGUACUUAGUCA